GAGAGAGGUCACAGCUGAGAGUCUGCGGCAGACACUAACAAACACACACAUUCAUUUGCAAAUAAUGCCUUUAGAUUGUUAACCAAAAGCUGCGAACCUCUAAUGGAAAGAAAUCACCUGGAAUAGGGCGGGAUGCCACUGAGGGGUGGAGAGACCCGGAUGGUUUCAGCUUCACUACGUUUCUAAAGGACCUGGCAUGGCAUCUCCAAGAAGUUUGACAAAUCAAAAUAUAAAACCAUUUUUUUUUUUUUACUUACAUCUAGUUCUUCUCAUUAUUUAAAUGCAUGAGCUGCAUGAACGCUGUUUGGCAAUUGCAGUUCAAGGACCUUUAUUGAUUGACACUCACUAAGUUAGCCAAAUAAGCUAAUAGCUAAGAAGCAUUAUGUCAUCUUCUGUAACCGUGUACACCUCAGUGACUUUCAUCUGAAAUUUCUAAUUUAGCUAUUUGAUUUUUGUACUCCAUUAGACUUCCACAAAAUCAAUUAUAUAAAGUGUAGAGCUCUCCUGUACAAUCCUGUAAAAUGGCUGUGCUGCCGGUUAGAUUCACCAAAACCAAGAGAGACAAACUGGCCCAGGUUUUGUGGGUGCUGAACUGGAUUUCCAUUGUAACAGGAAUCAUCCUCUUUAGCUUGGGCAUCUUUUUGAAAGUUGAAAUCAACAAGCGGCAGGAUCUAAUGGUCGAGCGUCAGCUCCAAUCCGUGCCGAACAUGCUAAUCGCGGUGGGACUUAUAGCCUGUGCGAUUAACUUUUUGGGAGGAAAGAUCUGCUAUGACUGUGUGGACACCAACAAGUUCUUACGUUGGAAGUUGGUGAUGCUCCCGUACAUCAUUUGUACGUUUUUCUUCACUCUGAGCGUGCUCGUGGGGGCCUUGAUGUGCUACAGCAUGCUCGGACAGCUGGAGGAAUCGCUAACGUUGGGGCUACGGGACGCUAUGCGUUACUACAAGGACACGGACACACCAGGCCGCUGCUUCUUGAAGCACACAGUGGACCUGCUGCAGAUUCAGUUUCAGUGCUGUGGGAACGAGGGCUAUAGAGACUGGUUCCAGAUCCAGUGGGUCAGCAACCGAUACUUGGACAUGUCGCAACGGGAAGUGGUAGACCGUCUAAGGAGCAACGUGGAGGGAAAAUACUUAAUGGACGGGGUUCCCUUCAGCUGCUGCAAUGUCAAUUCUCCUCGGCCGUGCAUUCAGUACCAAAUCACCAAUAAGUCCGCCCACUUCAACUACGACCACCAGACAGAGGAGCUCAACCUGUGGAUGAGAGGGUGUCGUCAGGCUCUGCUAGAUUAUUACGCGGACAUCAUGCAUUCUAUCGGCCUCACUGUUCUGAUCAUCUGGCUCUUUGAGCUCUCAGUUCUCACUGGGGUCCGUUACCUCCAAACGUCCCUGGAGAACGUGCUGCGUCAGGGGGACCCCGAGAGCGAGUCUGACGGGUGGCUCCUGGAGAACAGCUUUGCGGAAACCGCUCGCACUAAUUUCAAGAUCAUCAAACACCUGGGCAAGUUCAAUCAGAUCAACACAGCCAGCAAUGGAGAUCCAAACAUUGAUAGACCACCUACAGCACAUUAUGGUCCAGAUAAUGUCCCUCCAAAGCCUCUUCCCACGAGCGGUUAAGCUUCCAGAAUGGUCCUUCUGGUGAGGACUGGACUCUGAUGCUAUAUGACUUAAAGAUUAUGAAAAUGAUUAGGUGAAAACAGAGAAAUAUCACAACAUACUGAAAUUUAUUUUUGAUUUCAUGUGAAACAUAAGGCAAAAUAUCAUGAGGCCUUCAAAGUCUUAAAACCUUUUAACUGCCUCUCAUUGAGAAUGCAACAGUUUCAUUUGUUUGUGUUUUAGAGAUUCUCAUAUGAAUUGUGAUUAUCACUGGAUUUGUUUAGAGGAAAAACUGGUCACUGUAGGUUUUUAAUUAGGGAGUUUACAUAUUUCCAUAAAACGAAUUUCUUUUCAAUAUUUCCAAGAUAUCAAAAAUGUCAGCUUACUCACACAAGCCAUCAUGAAUUCUCGUUUCAUGCCUUGGUCUCGUGCCUAAAGCCAGGUGUUGUAAUAACUUGUGAAAACAAACAUUUUUAAGCUCACCCAUGCCUAAAAUUAUCAUGAAUAUGAAGUGACAAUAAAUGUAACAUGUACAUUUAAUUUAU